UCAUUGCCAGCGGGUGUAUACGUACGCUCCUGGGAGGCCCGCAUGGACUUGCUUCGACUUCUCCUCAUUGGGCCCACUGAAACGCCUUAUGCAAACGCACCAUUCAUCGUCGACGUCUACCUUCCACCAUCAUUUCCCGCCGAGCCUCCACAGGUGCACUUCCAUUCAUGGCCUGCCCACUCGACUAUCGGCACAGUGGGCAGAGUGAACCCGAACUUGUACGAAGACGGCAAGAUUUGUCUUUCCUUGCUCGGCACUUGGGAAGGCAACAAGGGCGAAGGCUGGAAUGCUUCCCGGAGUACCCUUCUUCAGGUUGUCAUGUCUCUGCUUGGACUCGUUCUUGUGAGAGAGCCGUAUUUCAAUGAGGCUGGCUACGAGAAUCUGGUCGGCACGGAAGCGAGCAAACGACCCAGUGCACUAUACAGCGAACGCAUCUUCCUU